CCUGUGGAAACGGCUCAGCACAAANGGCUCAGCACAAAUGAUUACCUGAUUCACGACAAUCGUCGACUGCAUUCGGACACUCGUUACAUUUUAGACAUGUCCUCGUUUGACCAAACAAUCAUGGAUUUACGCAUCGACAAUGUGCAGCGCAAAGAUGAGGGAGAGUACUUGUGUCUCUACUCGACCGGGCAGAAUGUGUACAAACGGCGAAUCGAGCUGAUUGUGUUAGUCCCUCCGAUCAUCUACGAGAACAGUUCCAGUCCUAUCCGAGUGGUCGUGCAAGAGGGUGACACGACUGUGUUGCACUGUAAAGCUUGGGGUGUUCCGCUACCUACUCUGACCUGGCAUUCCAUACCGCAAGAUGGUCCGCCUCGUCCCAUCAGCCAAACAAUGGACUCGAGAUUCAAAAUGGAACCGAAUCAACUCACCAUCACCAAUGUGACCAGAAAUUUGCAUGGACUGUACAAAUGUUUCGCCACGAAUGGAUUACAACAAACUGCCGCUCGUGUGAUUGAACUGGAUGUGCAAUGUGAGUGA